UUGAUAGAACAUCAUUCUAUUUCAGCAACUUGUUGCCAUGAGGAAUCCGGUGGACAAAGAAUGCUAUGUCAGACAUAUCAAAGAAACCUUUGAAGAGUUGAAAGUGAAAAUAGGAGGUAUCGAACAGCACAAUGCAACCGUAGGCCAGAUCGCUGAAGACUGGAUCGACGUGAAGAAGGUUUGCCCCAUUGAGCCGUGGGCUGUGAAGGAACUCCUUGGAGAUGAGAUCGACAGCUUCUGCCGCUUCCACGACGUCUACUUCGUCGGUCUCGUGCACACAGGCAGAGUCGACCGAACAGCUCCAUCCAGGCGACGCAAACGUGCAGCGGCUGCUCAGCUAAUUGUUGCAAGCGCUUGCUGCUGUAACCACUGUUGCGGCUGUCACGAUCAAUUGGCACAAGGACCGAGAAAAUAGUCACCCUCAAGAGUAACAAGUCUCCAGGGUCGGAUUUCAAUAAGGCCAACCGAUCAUGCCAAAAGUGUGCAUUCUCAAAAUUCCAAUUGAUGUUGUCAUAAGAAGGUAAAUAUGCAUAUUUACCACAAAGUUGCAAUAAACCAAUGUUUCAAACCAA